CACAUUUCCUGCCUAGAAGUGAAUGGAGUCGACUAUCCACUCAUUCAAAUCUUCAUUCCCAGGAAUCUCACGAGGGACACAAUGAAAGACGUCGUGACGCCAGUCACCAGAUACGCGCCGUUCGACGAAAUCAAAGACGACUCAGAGAACAAACAAGACAACUUAGAGAACGACUUGAACAUAUUUCUUCUCCUUUUACGUCUUUCUCAGAUGCUGCUGAAAACUUUGAUAGAAGUGUUCAGAACGGAGCGCCUGAACGUCAAGAAACUGGAGUACAUUCUAGUGUUUAUACAAGGCCUAACCCAACAAUUGAAACUAACCCCGUUCGUAUGAAUCUUCGAACAUCACCUCCGUUGGAAAGAGAAUUGAGACCAUAUGAUAUACCAGAUCUCAUGUUGCCUGCCUUGCUAUCCUGGUGGGGUCCAGAUUCGCGAUUACGUCAUUUUGGUGACGGUGAUGAGGAGCGUGAGGAUUACGAGGCCUUGUGGAGUUUGACGGAAAGAUUGGGUCAAGUUAAACCAAAGGGUCUGUCCAAGGGUGAGAUGGAAGUCAUUCCAGCGUUUCGCUACAGCGCGGCUUCUAAAGAUUCCUCGAAUGGAUCUUGUGUUGUUUGUAUGAUGAACUACUCUAAUAAAGAGAAAUUACGACGAUUGCCAUGUAAUCAUGAUUUCCAUGCCAAGUGUAUUGACAGAUGGCUUAAGAAUAACCGAUCUUGUCCAGUGUGUCGAAAGGAUGUCACAACCAAAUAGUUUGAUAGUGGUGGUGAUGAUAUAAUGUAUAUAUGAAGAGAAUAUUCUCGGAAAUUCCAAUUCUAGUUCUACGCACUUAGCUAAUGCACAUAACAAAUAUAUCCCAAAAAUAUAAUAGACAUCUAUUAAUGGAAACAGAAGUUAAAACAGAUAAAAAUUGUAAAAAUAUCGUUUCAUAUACUUGCUACUUGGUGUAAGUUGAGUUUAUAAAGUGUUAGAAUUAACGUUUAAUAUAGCAGCAAUAUUAGUGACUGUAAAAUAGCUGGGUAUACAUUUUUGUACUAGCGGACUAUAAUAUUUGGAAACGCUGCUUGAUGUGGUAAUGUAUACAUAGCAUUGAUAUUCCUUUUGAUAUAGUUAACUAGAUAUAUCGUGAUAUAUAGAGUGUACCAAACGUGAGUAACCAAACUUUUGAAAGAACCUAGUAUUCUCAGGCACAACAUUUUAUGCUUCUCGUAUGUAAUAAAGGUUUAUUUUUGUUACUCGUAGUGUUAACAUAGUGCACAGUCAUUAAAGAAAAUCCUUCAAAUAUCACUUCUUUGGGAAGAAACCCUGUAUCAAAUCAUUGAAAGUACAGUAGUAUAUAAACCUACAGAAUCUGUUUGACAUCAAGGCUGUGACAGCUUAGUGUGAGGAGUGAAUCAACAUAGUUUCAAUUAAAUUUUCCGCAGUUCCAACAUGGCCGCUUAUGCCUUAGUCGAUUCAGGCGGUUUGUUUGGAUGCGAAGAUGACAUAAUGCCUCCAGAAUUUGGGGUCUAAAAGCGUCGUUUGGCGUGCACCUCAACUUUAAGUUUAAGCACAAUAUGUUACGUGCCUGAUCAUACUACAGUCGUUAAAAACCCUCUUCAAUUAUUGUGUAUUGCGUUUUACAUUGUGAAUAUUCAAGAUGGUUGCCUUCAGCUAAACCAUAAUUCAAAGCGCCACCAUUUUGAAUAGGAGGGAAACUCGAUUUGC